AUGAUAUCUACGCAAACUUUAUUGGCGCAACAAAUCCAAGAUUCAGUUGUAACGUUGAAAAUUUCGAGAAUCUACCCGGCAACUGAAAAGCAUAUCAUCAAAUAUACGGAACAAAUGCUUUUUUUAAUAGAGGAAACUCCUGUUGAUUAUAUAACUAUUACUUUGCCUUACUUGAAGUAUGAACAGUUCACACUUGAUUGGGUAUACAACAUAAUAGAGCACAAGCAGGAAACAGAAAGAAUUCUGUAUGAGGAUUUAGAUCCCAAAAACGGAUUCAUUCUUCUUCCCGACUAUAAGUGGAAUGGUCAGAUUGAAACUUUAUAUUUGUUAGCAAUUGUGAUGAGAAAAGACAUCAAAUCUAUUCGUGAUCUCGACUCCAAUCAUUUGCCUCUUCUUGAAAAUAUUCGUUCAAAAAGCCUUGAAAUUAUUGAGAAAAAGUACGAUAUAAAUUCAAAUCAAAUUCGUGCAUAUUUUCACUAUCAACCAUCGUUUUAUCAUCUUCAUGUUCAUUUUACAAUCCUCAAAUACAAAGCACCUGGAAUAAACUGCGAGAAAAGUCAUCUGCUUAACAAUGUGAUUGAUAACAUUAAAAUGAUUCCCGAUUAUUAUCAAAGGGCAAUAUUGACAUUUAGCGUGCGUGAAAUGGAUAAACUUCGCCAUGCAUUUAAAGCAUCAAGAAAGGCAGCUAAUAAAACUGAAACUCCAUCAACUGCAAUUGAUGAUGUGAAAGAAGUCAAAAUUGAAGAUGAAAAUGAUAUAAAACCCGAAGACAAGAAAUUAUAA